AUGUUUGCAGCAAAUAAAUUGACUGUUUGUGCUUUAAUUACAUGUUGCAUAGUGCCGGUGAUUAGUGAGGUCAUAUUGAACCACAAUACCGGCGAUAGGUUGAGGGCAUGUACAAGAGACACCCCUUGCAUUAAAAAAUGCUGCCCAGAACAUCAGGUGUUGCAACGAAAACAAUGCGUAGACUCUCCUAGACACACAUUUAAUGUUACUGUAUAUGAUGGAAUGGAGGAAAUAGUUAAUCGAACUAUCAUGUUAAAUGUGAUCCACAGCAAUGCAUGUGCCACACACGACAAUUUAAAGUUGUCCACACUCAUUGAUAUUGAUAGGAUUUUCUUGCAGUGGAACGGUACUUUAAAUAAACCCUUCGAUCCGUUAAUGCCUAGAAUUGGAUAUGAAUAUUAUUGCCUGGAGACGUUCCUGUUUCCUACAAGGGAGGAGUUCACUGCUAUAGUAUGCUAUAAUAAUGGGAAUCUGGAGCCCGUGCAGCUGAGGUAUAACAACGUUAGGGACUUUCCGUGUUCAAAAGACUUAACGGUAGACAUAACCGAUGGUAGUAAACACAAUCAAACAAUUACUAAAAACGGAAUAUCUUUUGAUAGGGACAAUUAUUUUGUUGACGGUGGCAUAAUAAGAGGGUGUGUUUGUAACAUUAAAAAGUGUGUUCGAAAGUGCUGUGUUGAAAAUGAGUUGAUGGUGGGCAAAGCCUGCUCCAAUAGACGAAAUGAAACGAUCGACCUAAAAUUCUUUAACGGUACGGACCCUUUAAACGAUACAGUUUUGUCUGAUUUCUUCUUAAUAUUUGGAAGGAGUUGUCCCAAGAUGCAUUAUCCCAUUAAAGCAGAAUUAUACGAUUAUAUUCUUAUGCAGAAUGAUGGUUCGCUGUAUUAUUCUGAUUUUGAUGCUUCGUACUCUGUAGAACAGUACUGUAUUGACAUGUUUAGAAAUGGUAAUGUUAGUGAAACUUCCGCUUUAUUAUGUGAAUUUUCGGAUACUGACCAAGAAAAAAUGCAAGAAGAUAUUAACGGAACCGGGACUUGUAAAAUGUAUCAACCAAUUUGCAUAAGUUUAAUAGUGAUAUGUUCUGUAUAUUCAUUCGAAACUCAUCCGUGCUCGAAAUCGUUAAGUAUCGAAAUUUCAAACGGUACGAAAAGUGGAACGAAGUAUAUUUUUCAAAAUAUGACGUUUGAAAAAAACAAAUAUUUUGUGGAAAAUGGUAACAUUUGGGGAUGCAUUUGUCAAGUAAGGAACUGCAUACGGCGUUGUUGUUCUGAAAAUGAUCAACUAAAUUACCCAGAACUAGAAUGUGGGAACGAAGAUAUGAAUCCUUUAUUUAAAUUUCACAACAACUCAGAACUGUAUUUAACAUCUGAUUUAUCAGAUUAUUUUGUUGUAAGUGGACAUCCUUGUAUAUCAAAUGGUGAAAUAUUUUUACAUGAAAUGAAAGACUAUUUUAUACAAAAAAAUGGAUCCCUUUAUUCUUCGACAUUCAAUAAAUCUCAUUCUGUACAGGCCUACUGCCUUUUAGAUGGAUUUGGACUUGUAUGUCUGAACAGUUCAGAAAUUGGUACUCAAUCAAAUGAUGAAUCAGUAUACCUUAAAAGUGCGGGAAUUAUACAGUCAAUUGAUAGAGACUUUCUGUUGGAUCAAAGAAUUGACAGGAAAAUGGUUAUAGGCGGUGUUGAUAAGAAAGAAGCUGCCAGAUUCAAGAAACGACAGCACAGAAAAAUAGAAAAAUCAAUGAGGGCAACAAAAAAGUUGUGUGCUACUCAAACGACCGAUUCUAUAUCGGCAAAUUGUGAUGAAGAAGCAGUGCCUGACUUUUUCACAACAGAGACACCGUCGACUUCCACGUUUAAUAGAAAUACGUUGCGGUUGCCAACAGUUGCUAAAGUCAGUGAUAGAUACGGUUUAUCAAUGCAGUUUACUGCUGCUGUUGCUUCUGCCAUUUUGGUUGACGUCGGUUUGGUUUCUACCGAAGGUCUGACACUGGUAAUUGAUAAAAACAAAAUCCGCAGAUCUGUAUGUAAAGCCCAAAGAGAUGCUUCAAAAGAUGUUGCAGAAAUUGUUGUAAAUAGCAUUUACUUUGAUGGACGACAGGAUAAGACCCUGAUAAAUAAGGAAAUAGGGAAGCGUUACCAUCAAAAAGAGAUUUUGGAAGAACACAUCUCAUUGUUAUAA